GCUGUAAGCUCUGAAGCAGCAGGGAACAAGGAAAUGACGAGAUGACACGUCAAUAAACAUUCAUGUGCAAGAAUGUCAGUAACUUCUAAAACCUUUUUACUUUCGUUAAAGAUGAUUACUAACCCGCGGAGGUUGUGAGGUCACCUUAACAAAGAGUUGGGCUCAGCCGUUUUAUCGAUGGUGCCUUAUCUGUUGUUUCGCUCAAACGCGGACUGUUUCAGUCGAUCAACUCGUUUUGUUUUCAAGCGAAGCAUUUGAGAUUCUUUUGUAAAGAGCUACUGCUUUUGUAUGAUCCGGUGAACUGAUGGACCUCGUUAUAAAGGAUGAAAUGAAUCAGGAGGACUGGAUGUCACGUUUGCCAGAGAAACUCUGGGAUGUCCCUUUAACAUGUCUCUCAAUACCAGGUAGCCACGAUGCAAUGAGCUACUGUCUGGAUAUCACUUCUCCACUGCUCCGAUCUGAGUCAGACACAUUUAGGUUUCUGGAUGGAGUUUUCUGCUGUUUCACCAGGCCAGCUAUUCGCAAAUGGGCUACUACUCAGGUGCAAAACAUUGUGGAGCAACUUACAGCAGGCAUUCGAUACUUUGAUCUUCGAAUUGCCCACAAACAGUGUGAUUCUUCCAAAGAGCUUUACUUCACUCACGUCAUUUACACGCAUGCAAUGGUCAUUGAAACUCUACAGACUGUUGCUUCAUGGCUUGAAUCUCAUCCCAAAGAAAUCAUCAUUCUAGCUUGUAGUCAUUUUGAAGGGCUGGAUUAUAAAAUGCAUGAAGAAUUUAUCUAUUCUCUGAAGAAAAUCUUUGGCUCUAAACUGUGCCCUCGCGACGAGGCCUUAUUGACCUUGCGGAGUCUGUGGUCUUCAGGCUAUCAGGUUGUGCUGUCAUAUGAAGACCAGUCAGCAUCCCGUUAUAAGGAGUUGUGGCCUUGUAUCCCAUACCUUUGGGCCAAUAAACCUAAUGCAGAAGAGUUGAUCUACUAUCUCGAAUGCCAGAAACGGCUUGGUCGACCUGAAGGUUUUUUUGUAGCUGGCCUGAACCUAACGACAGAUCGAUGUUUCAUUGCCUCACAUCCUCGGGUGUCUCUCCGAACUUUGACCAUGGAGAACUGGAACCAUGUGAAGAUAUGGUUAGAAGACCAGAAACCAGGAGCUGAACCCACAUGUCUAAACAUAAUAGCAGGCGACUUCAUUGGUCCUGUACCAUUUUGUUCCCUUGUUAUUGGUCUUAACAAAAAACUGCUUUAAGGGUGGGUUGAUAUGAAGCCUUUAUGGCAUGUGAAGGCCUUUUUUAAGGAAUCAUUUGGGAUACAAACCCAAGGUUUACAAGUGAUCUAAAAAGUAUUCAG